AUACUGAACAUUGUUCAAAGAAAGCCCGUAUUCAUGUGAUUAGCAAGGAUGAUGUACUCCUGGCACUCAAGGCGUUCAAAGAUCCGAAGGAUUGCCAACAUAAUUCUUUCCGAGAGGAGGAAGAACUGACAGAUGAAACUAUGGUUACUGCUCAGGAACCUCUUGCAGUUAUUGGUAAUCAGCUGCCUUCACAGGCCGGGAGGAUGAACUUGAAGAGCUUCAUAGAUGUAUUGAUAAGAACAUUGAUUUAUGGAGAAUGUGCAGUACACCCAGUAGUAGCAGGAGGUCCUGGAUGGGGCAAGACAACACUGAUGAUGCAUGGCUUGAUGUCAGUAUGCAGUCGAUUGCGAGAGCCGCACAUUUGGACAUACCGUGCAUUUGCCUGGGACCUCCAGAGUAACCAGCUGCAGGCGUCAGAGCUUGAACUACUGGGGGACACUACAUUAGCGAAUGUCUCAGGUGGUCAGAGUGUUUUAGCAUCAAGAAUUUUGCACCAAGCAGUCAAUGGCAAUCGACCAUAUGCUGAUUUCCUCGCCAAGUUUGUUACUCACCUCAAGACUCAUGAGAUUCUCCUAUCUGAUGUCACCCUUGAUGCUGUGCUUGACCAUGUGGUUCAGCCAACAGCACUGCCAGCAAUGACAUCAUCUUUUUCUUCCUUGCAGCUGACUACAUCAACAGAAUUGAAACCAUUAAUUGUACCGUUUCAUAUCAGCGAAACAAAUGUACUGUUACCAGAGCAAGGGCCUUACACAAGGAUAGAAUUAUUUGAAAGCUGCACUGAUACUGUUAGCACUUCUGCGAAACGUUCGCAUAUUAGUAUGAUGGAUAUUGAUCAAGAUCGCGAUAGAAUUGCAAAAAGAAUGCGAGAGAUUAAGGCCCCAUCUAAGAUGGCAAAGCUCACAGAAUUUCCAUCUUUGCAAAAAGAAAUUCAACUGCAUUGUGAUAGGCCCGACCAGGAUUAUCUCGCCAAGCCUGUUGUUCUCUACAAUCCUGUAUUUGAUCAGUUUCUUGCUGAAUGUGUGGAUGCCAGCGUGACAGAUCGGUUUUAUGGUGAUGUUGCAACAAUGUGUCUUUCUAUGUCUGAUUUCUUCCCUGAUGAGCAUCAGCGGCGAAGGGUCUUUGUUCGUCAUUUCGAAGGAUUACUGGGGAUGAAAUGUCAACCAAUGAUGCAUUCAGAAAAUAACUCUUCCAAUGAUGGUGCAAUAGUUUAUGAUUUCUUGUCAUUCAGCAGUCCUACCCGGGCAGUGUUGUUGUUUUGUGAAGCUAAAAAUGAAGCUGGUGUGGGAGGUUGUGAUCCAUUGCUUCAGGGAAUGUUAACAUAUGGACGAUGGUGUGCCACUCAAAGAGAACACAACUUAUGGCCAUGCACCUGUUUUCCAGCAUUUAUUGUUACGCUAAUUGGACCAUCUUUAUCUAUUUACGGAGCUAUAUACCUUGAUCGUGUCCAUGUUAACCGUUUAGCAGAAGCUAUACUUACAUUAUCUCUGGACAAUCGCAAAGUUAUCAGAGUAGCACGUAUUAUCAAAGCCUUAACAGUCGCAUGUAAUAACCUGCAAGACUAUUGGAGUAAGUUGAGUAAGUUGGAUGAUACCAACACUGAGAUGAAAGAUAAACAAUCCCUGUUUCCGUUUCCACGGUCUGGGGAAGAGUUUGAAUUUAUCUAUACUGGGCAGAUACAAAAACUGACGUCAUUGAUAUAUACUGCCCGUUUGACAACUACUGAAGAGGAAAUCGUGAUCAAGUUCGUUAAACAAUAUAAUGCAGAAGCGCAUAGAUUAUGUGCAACUAAUAAUUCAGCACCCGUAUUGCUCUGUUAUAAGCCUCGCGUUGUUCAAGAAUGGGGAAUGGUUGUAAUGAAAUACUUGGGUACUACAGAGACAUUAUACGACAUUAUACAAAACUUUUCUUUGAAACUGAGCGCUGAGGAAAAGAUUAAUAUAUACAGGGAUGUUACCAAAGCGGUUCGACUACUUCAUAGUUGUGAUUAUGUCUUUGGCGACCUUAGAACAACUAAUAUUGUUAUAACAUAUUCACCAACUUAUGGACGGUAUCAAGCGCAGCUGAUUGAUUUUGAUUGGGUUGGCCGAGCAAACGUCGAUAAAUAUCCUACCCUGAAUCCUGAUAUCGACUGGCCUUCUGGUGUUGGUGGUGGAAUGACAAUGAAAAGGGAACACGAUCUCAUAUGGCUAGAACGAUUGAGCAAAGAGUUAGGAGUGUCAGUUGAAUCUCUCCCAGAAGUGGAAAUGUUAUAA